AUGCCCACCUAUCCUAGGAAUGUUCUUGUCAACCUCGGUGCCAUUGGUGGAACCGGCGGCGGCGCGAUAGAUUUCGUUGCUCAGACUGGCGGUCUGGUGGAAAGACUUGGUGUCUGGGCAUCUGGCAAAGACAUUAUCGGUGUCUCUAUCAAAUUUACAAAUGACGAAACGACGAAGAAAAUGGGCUCCGGGGGAUGGGGCGACUAUUUGGAAUUCAUUUUCGAAGACGCCUCUGAAAUUGUAAAAUCAUUGAGCCUCUGGGGAAACGGCAAGGGCACAAACCUCGGCCGAAUCAAAUUCACCACCUCAAAGGGACGUACAUUCGACUACGGUGGUCACGGCGGAAACAAGGAGUACCCAAUGGACGUUGGAUGUGGCCUCUGGGUCGGCAUCGGAGGAAAUUGCGGAGCCACAGUCGACAACAUGAGCGUCUAUUUCUUGUCUAAGGUUGAAUCCAUGAAGAUGAAAAACGUCAAAUUCAAGAAUGAUCCCACGGGUACGAGUCAAGGAAUAAAACCGAAAAUGAUCAAGUCGGCCCAAUUCCCAUGGCUAGGGAAGUCUUACGACUACAAAUUCGAACGGCCCAGGCUUGAAAAUGAAACACACACCGUGACUGAAACUAAAUCACAUUCAACAACCCUGGGACUCUCUUUGACUGAGACGUGGUCAGGUGAAGUGGAUUUAUUCGUUGCAAAAUCAAAACUCGAGGUGGGAGCUACCGAAUCUGUCUCCCACGUCUGGUCCAAAGAGGACUCAACUGCAGAUUCUACAGAGAUUACGGAUGGUAUGACGGCCGGUGUUUCUGGAAAGAUUGAAAGCGCCAAUGAUGCGGUUUCUAUUGAGGCUGUGACCUACACCGGCACACUUGAUAUUGAUUACACGGCCACUAUUGAAGUGAAGAUGGCCAGUGGAGCUUCUUACGAGAUCCCCACAAAUGGGAACAUGAAGAAGGUAGCCUAUUCCAAGAUAUACAUGAACGUCAGACCUAUCAAUGAAGAUACGACUCUUCCUCCAGGAGAAGCUGAAGAAAGAUCCUUGGAGAACUACCAGGAAGACAGGUCUGAGAAGGAACAAUACCAACACGAUCUGGAAUAUCAGAAAGCUGCAUGGUCCCCCGCCCAAGAUGCAGAAGUUCAAAAUGUUCGCCUGGAAAGUGGAUAUAUGAACGAAAAUCCCGAUGAUGAGAGAUAUCAAAGUUUCGACGACUUGCAAGAGCAGCAAGAAGAGCCCCAAGAAGUCUAUGAGCAGCAACAGCGUCGUGGGUACGGCCAACCUAACUAUGAAGCUCGAAACUGCUGUGACCAAAAACAGGAUAAUUCCAGGGGAAGUCAGGAUAACUUCCAGUCAGACCAGAAUGACUACGAGCGAGACGGAGGCGAUUCUCAGCAAAGCCAGAACCAACGCUACCGUUUCAAUAACUACGAGGCCAACGAAGAGCCCACUUCUGGUGGCAAAUAUGCCGAAUACAAAGAGAACGAGCCAGUUUCAUCCAAUGAUCAGGAGGAAGAUCGCUCGGGCCAGCGGUGGAAUUCAGACAGACAGGACAACAAUGAAAGUUACGACGCUCAGACCAACGACCAGGAUGAGAACCAGAGUGAACAAAACUAUAAUCAAUUUGGAGGAUACCGGCAAAACAGCCAAGAUCACCGCGACACGCAAGAAUAUCAGGAUGGCCAGCAAUAUGGCGACGAACAAGUCCUUGAAGAGGAUGAGCGCACCUAUGCUCCUGUCGAGCAAAAAAGCUCCCGGAGAGGCUACAACGCUUAUUGCGAUGAAAAAGGGGCAUCUGAAUACGCUGAGGAUGAGUCCAGCUAUAGUCAUGAUUAUCAGCAGCAGGGAAAUGGCUGGAGAGGCAACCGCGACGAGACUGUGUUCUGA